AUGAAUGCUUCUGAUACCAUAGUUGUUGAUAAGAACACCGGGAUUGAUUAUAAUGAAUUGGAUAGUGAUUCUUGUGAAACAAUUCAAGACAUUACAAAUAUUAAUGAUACGGACGAUGAAACUUUUUGUGAGGAUGUUUUUCCUCCAAAUUAUAGUUACAUGAUUCGACGUAUUAUAAAAUUGCCGCCAUACUAUACUGAUGAGGGCUUUGAAAUACAGCAAUUUGAGCCUGCUUUAAUCGAUCAAUGUGAUACCAUAAAUAACAAUAAAAAUGGAAAUGAAGAUUUACCUAUAAUAACAAUAGCUGAAAGGAGGAUUGAUGCAAGUAAUGAAUUUAGUGAAAUGGAGGAUCAAGCAGCGGAUUUUGAUGGUUCAUCUUUCAAUAAUUUUUUAAAGGAAAUCGAAAGUGAUUAUAAAAACUGCGGCUCACAAUUACGAAUGGCAUUUGAUAAUGGAUCGAUGAUUCGAGUUCAACCGGAAUCUGUAAAACGAAGAAAAGCAAACGUUAAACAAAGAAUUGCAAAUAAAGAAAACGAUCCUCAAGAAAUCCCUAAACGUAAAGCACGAAAAACAAACAAAACUAGACAUAGCUUGGAUGUACAAGCAGAAAUAAAGAUAUUGAUGGUAUCUAAGUUUAAAUAUUGUGAUUAA